ACGAAUCAGAAACUGUCUCUGCAGAUGUCGAGCUGCACUGCUCCGUCACUGGUCAACAUAGAGCCAACACAGAUCUGCUUUCAGCCUCUUUCAAGAGCUUUUUAUUCCUUUAACCCUCUGGAGUCCAGGAGAGCGCCAGAGAAUGACUUCUUCACGACGUCACGACGUAAAAACGAGGCAGCAUGGAGCCCUGCUGUCAGCUGAACUCUAAAGUUUCCAUGUCCAAUUUAAUGCAUCAACCCUUUUUAAGGCUAAUUUUGCUGUGUUUCCUCCAUUCAGCAUUUUUAAUGCAAUCUUUUGUGUUUACUGUUUUUGUGUGUGUUUUUUGUAAUUUCUUUGUGUGUUUUUAUGUUUUUGUAAAAAUUUUGUAUUUUUUGAUAUUUUGUGUUUUUAUUUGUGUUCUUUGUAAUUUUUGUGUUUUUUUGUGUUUUUUUUUGUAAUUAUUUAGUGUUUUUUAUUUGUUUUUAUUUUAUUUAUUUUUUUAAUUUGUAUUUUUUGUAAUUAUUUUUGUCUUUUUUGUGUUCAAAUGUCCAUUGUUGAUCCAGUAAGUCUAAAUGAAAAUAAUAACCAGGUAGGUGACAACAACACGUCCUGGUAAAGAUCUUUAACUGGUUCAUACAGACUCUAAAGGGUUAACACCAGUUUGGUGCUCUCACCUCUAGUGUUGCACUUUAAUCUGCAGUUAGUUCAGUUGAAUCUCUGUUUAUAUUCUGCAGAGAGAAAGUGUGAAAAUUAUGUUUUUUGUGCGGUUUUUUUUCUAUUAACUUCUCCAUAAAACGGCUUUCUGUCGGUGUGUGAGCUCACGGAGACUGAUACUGUAAAGGAAAGAUAGGAGCUCUCUCUCUCUCUCUCUCUCUCUCUCUCUCUCUCUCUCUCUCUCUCUCUCUCUCUCUCUCUCUCUCUCUCUCUCUCUCGGGUAACAGCCAAGAGGCUCUGCGGCAAAAUGUCAUAUUUGCGUGGCGGCUGAGAGGACGGCCUCCCUCUCUACUGUACACCAGGCUACUGUACUCUGCUGCAGCUCUGCUCUCCGGGGAAUCACUUCUCCUCUUCUCCUCUCUUCUCCUCUUCUCCCUCUGCGUCUCUCUCUUUCUCUUUUCUCCCUCUUUCUCUCACUUACCGGAGCUUUUCUGUGUGUUUUCCGUGGAGGCGCAAAGAAAGAAAAAGUCCCGCCGAGUGGAAACUAACGCGCAGAAUGAGACUUUUUCACUGUUUUUACUCCGUGCAGCUGAAAAAGGAGGUGAAGUGAAGAGGAGAGCACCUCCUUCCGCUGCUCCGACUCCUCUUUCACAUCUCACUUUUACUAUUUUUGCACUAAAAAAGCUGCUGAUCGUCUCUCAGUCGGAGCUUCGCGUCCUUUUCUCGCGUCGCGGCUGUGCGUAAAACCCAAAACCCCUUCUCCUCUCCUCCUCUCCUCCUCUCCGAGACCUCCUCCUCUCCUCCGCGUUCUGCACCAGGGACCACGGGCUCGCACCUCCUCCUGUCCUCCUGUAUGAGUGUCUCGGAAGCGGACAGCAGGCCGCCAUGGACGUGUUUAAGAGCCGGUUCCUGGGGAUCGGCGUGGCCGUGGCGCACGGCGUCUUCUCCGGCUCCCUCAACAUCCUGCUGAAGUUCCUCAUCACUAAUUAUCACUUCAGCUUCCUCACGCUCAUCCAGCUGCUCACCAGCAGCACCGCCGCGCUCACUCUGGAGGUCCUCCGGCGGCUGGGGAAGGUCAAGGUCCCGCCGUUCAGCGUGCAGCUCUCCAAGGAGUUUGGUCCGGUGUGUAUCCUGUCCACGCUCCAGUCCACCCUGACCCUGUGGUCCCUGCGAGGACUCAGUCUGCCCAUGUACGUGGUCUUCAAGCGCUGCCUGCCGCUCUUCACGCUGAGCAUCGGAGUGUGUGUCCUGAGGAACGGCGUGCCGUCCGUCGGCGUGGUGAUCGCCGUCAUCAUCACCACCGGGGGGGCCGCACUGGCUGGUGCUGGUGAUCUGACCGGAGACCCGUUUGGUUAUGUAACCGGCGUCCUGGCGGUGAUCAUCCACGCCUCCUACCUGGUCCUGAUCCAGAAGACCAGCCUGGACAGCGAGUACGGCCCGCUGACCGCCCAGUACGCCAUCGCCAUCAUGGCCUCGCCGGUCCUCCUGGUGUGCUCCGUCAUCUCCAUGGACACCAUCACCAUGUGGUCCUACGAGGGCUGGAAGGACCCCCACAUCACCGUGGUCUUCGUCGUCUGCAUCUUCAUCGGCUGCGCCAUGAACUUCACCACGCUGCACUGCACCUACAUCAACUCCGCCGUCACCACCAGCUUCGUGGGCGUGGUCAAGAGCAUCGCCACCAUCACCGUCGGCAUGCUGGCCUUCAACGACGUGGCGCCCACCCGCCUCUUCAUCGGCGGCGUGGUGGUCAACACCGUCGGCUCCAUCACCUACUGCGUGGUCAAAUACUUCGAGACCAAGAAGAAGAGCCUGUACGAGGACCUGGAGGAGGCCGGGAAGGACGGGGCGCCGCCCGGCGAGCCCUACAGCGAGAAACCGGCGCUGAACGGGGACGCCGGGCCAGACAUGGGGACCUCGGAGACGGAGGGACCCAAGGAGGAGGCGGUGGCGGUGGCGGCCUCCACCUUGGCUAACGGAGAAGCGUGGACGGGAGACGGAGGAGACGUGAACCCCAGCGUCAUGACGGAGAAGGAGAUGCUGGAGAUGCAGCGGGAGCACCUGCACAAGGAGAGCGCCGCCGCCACCGCCACCACCGGACAGUCGGCCAGCGACAGCUACGUGGGCGUGUGGCGCUCCAUCAGACACCUGCAGUUCAUGAAGAAAGACCCUUUGAUUGACAACAUGGAGCAGCAGAGUCCGUAAGAGUCUUGAAGAUUAAAAAACACUGAGAGACUGGAGCUCCGCGUCCACCGGGAACUUCUUUUACUAGCAGAGCGGAACAAAACGCUUUUUCCAGAAACCUGUUUGCUGCUGCUGUUGUUGCUGUGAUACCUCAGUGAGAGCCCACGCGUUUCAUGCUAAAAGUUCAAUUUCAUCACACGAGGCUUUUGAGUGCAAAGAACAGCCUCUCGCUGCUGUUGAAAGCAGGAAAAAAAAAACACAAAGUCUAUUUUUUUUUUUUUUCUUCUUUUGUUUGUCUGUCGUGAGAAUUAAAAGAGGUUCCUGGUGGAGAGAAGUGGAUGAGGAGAAGCUGCCUGGCAGAGAUAAACCCUCGGCGUCCGGCGGUGUAGCAUGAUGUGUUCACGUCCCCGCCGACCAGCCAAACAAACACACAGGUCCUGCAGAAAAAGAAUGCAUCAAAAUCAGGGAGCAGCAGCAGACGGACAGCUUUCUGUUUGUCGUUUGGGGAAUUCUUGUUUCUAAAGUAAAACCUUGUGGAUUAGAUCGAGUUCUCUCACCUGUUGAAGCAUGCGCUGGUCACUAAACGCUAACGUUCUAACGUUCUCACGUUCUCACGUUCUCACUGUCUCUGUGGCUCCAUCAUGCAUCUGUUUUCACGUCUCUGUGGUGUUUUCUCUCUCCUGGUUCGAGUCAGCAGCAGGUGGUGGUGCCGUAGCGAGGUGCGUCUGGAUAAAAACUUAUUAUCAUUAUCACAUUAGCUUAGCUUAGCAUAAAGACUGGAAGCAGAGGGAAUCUGCUAGCCUCUGUCUCCGUCCACUAAACUUCAGUGCACAGACAGGUCAGGGUUGGGUGGUCAAACUGAUAUUUAGGGCCCAAGCACUAACAGUGGAGGACCCUGUUGAAAUUGAUCCGAUUAUUAUAAUAACGACAAAUGAAUCGCGUUUUUAAGGGCUUUUUCAUAUUCCAAAACUCACCAAAAUUGCGGCAAGAAUUGAGCCCCUAAAAUAGGUUUUUCGUACGGACACAAAAUUUGGUAAAUACAUGUAUUAUUGGAAGACGCACCAAAAAGUCUCAAGAAGCCAUACCCAAAAACUACCAGGAAUGCCAUCUUGGAUUGAAAAUGGCAUUUUUAGACAUUUUUCGCCAUUUCUGCAAUGCAUACUUCAACGAACUCCUACAGAUUUAAUACGAUUGACCCUAUUAAAAUUGGUCCAUUUAUUAUUAUUAAUAUAACGGCAAAUAAAUCAUAUUCCAAAAGUCACCAAACUUGGGAAAAAAUUCAAUUUCGUCAAAAAUGUUAUUGGUUUUAGAAAUGGGCGUGGCAAAAUGACCUACUAGCGCCCCCUUAGAAUUCAGCCCCUAAAACAGGUUUGUCUUAGAGACACGAAAUUUGGUCCAUCCAUGUAUCAUGGGAAGACGCACCAAAAAGUUUCAAGAAGCCAUACCCAAAAACGAACAGGAAGUCAGCCAUCUUGGAUUGAAAAUGGCGUUUCAGAUAUUUUUCGCCAUUUCCACAACGCGUACUUUAACAAACUCCUCCUACAGAUUUAAUCCGAUCGACUUCAGACUACGUCAGUACCAUCACAAGGCCUUUGACAUCAAAAGUUAUUAAAAGCUUUGCAGACCGUCGCACUAUGGGGUCGUGGCAUGGCGGCAAAAUAUGGCGUUUUUGGCAUAAAACAUUACUGAACAGUUCUACGUAACAAUAUUUCAUAAAGUCCCGCCCUUUUUGACUACCUUCACCCCCUUUUUUCUAACUAAUGAACCGUUUGUCGUAGAAUUUGGUAAAUACAUGUAUUUUUGGAAGACGCACCAAAAAGUCUCAAGAAGCCAUACCCAAAAACGAACAGGAAUUCGGCCAUCUUGGAUUGAAAAUUUUCACCAUUUCCACACUGCAUACUUUAACAAACUCCUCCUACAGAUUUAAUCCGAUUGACUUCGGACUUGUUCAGUACCAUCGGCCUAACCUGAAUUAAAACCAACAGUGUCAAUCCCUGUUUCCUUAAACCCAGGUUAAUGUCCUGAAAUAUUGUGUUUUCUGCAACAAAAGGAGCGUAAAUAUUCAAAUUGCAAUCUCACAAAGUCAGCCCAGUCGCCAGAAUUUUUUUUGCCAAUGUGAGUUUCUGCAAAAACACACAAAAGUCGAGAUGAAACAUUUUCUGCAACCUCAAACUUUAGCAUCUGAUAACAGCGUCACAGUCAGUGGAGGGAGGAGUGCUCAGACAAACACUUUUCACCAAGGACUCCUGUGUUCGUAUCCCUUGUGUAGGUUAAAGUUUUAACUUUUGUGUUAAGCUUUAAAUGCCUAAAAAGCAUCAUAUUCUAACAUCUGGUCAUGUUUUUUUAAUCAUUUUAAUCUUUACUGAAACUGUGUCAGGUUGUUACAUACGGAGAUACGGAGAUUUAUUAAACCUAAACUCUACAUUUAUUUCCUCACCAUAACCAAGUAGUUGAAUUUGCAACAUUGACAACAUGUUUAAAAUUGUGACGAGUUGUACGUUUUUGUGAGUUUGUACGUUUUUUUCCCUCCUGAUGUUGCAAACAUUUAUUCUGGUGACUGGGCUGGAAAAGUAACAAAUCCUCUGCAAUAAAAAGCUAGAAACAGACGAUGUAUAUCUGGCAUUUUUGCUUGAAAAAGUUGCAGAUCGACUAAUCUUUUAACUGGACACAUUAACUUUUAAACCUUUUCAAUCCGAAUGCAUCAAUUAUUCAAUACGAAAUAAACACUGUAGAGUUCCAGGAAAGUUCCUGGAUUGCCGGAACUUUCCACCAGAUUGAUUUAAACAAUUUGAAGAUUUUAAGACUUCCUGCAACAUGCAGGACAAGAAAACAUGAUGCAGGAUUCUUUAAUCUGUUUAUAAACCUGCAGGAGGCUGAAACUGAGACGGUUGAUGCUGAUUUUAGUGACAUUUCCUCAGAUUCCUCAAUAAUCAGCAUCUUUAUGCUAUAAAACAAACCUGUUCUCCUCAAAAUUAUGUCCCCCUGCAACUAAACUGCACUGUCAGUCAUAUUUUGAGAGUACUGAAUUGUUUUUGGGUUUGGUAAUGAGACUUUGUGGACAGAUCGAUGAGGUGAUAAACACAACUUUUUGCAUCUCAGCAUUGAGUUGUUUUCAUGUUUUCACUAAACCUAAGCAUGUAGUUUUGUUGCCCAACCAAACUGUGACUCUUUGACAAGAUUAACUACGAGUUUAAAACUUAUUUUGGUUUCAAAUCACAAUAUUAACCACCAGUUUAAACCUGCAGCUGCAAUCAGGGAUACAACACAUUUCCCUCGUAACUGAGAAGCCGUUUAGUAAAGUUUAGUGAACAAAUACUUGUUUGGAGAGAAGUUAUCAGUUUCCAGAGUGAAGAGUAAACAAAGUCGCGUGUGGAUCGUGCAUGGGAAAUUAUGAACAUUUUCUCUAUUUUUAAAAGAGGUUUUUGUUCAAGCAAAGUGUUUAUUUUGCAUCAUUUUUCGAGGCGGUGUUGAGUAAAAAAUGCUGAAUUUCUGCAGCUGUGAUCAGGGAGUUUGCAGUUUAGUUGUGUGGGAAUAUAACUUUAUAGUCGGUUCUGCAGAAACUCACUGAUGUUUCCUGGUAAACUGAACACAGCCUGUGAAUAAUAAUCCUGCUCAGACGUCUCCGUCCACCAGCAGAAAGCUGCCGGCGUCCUCAGCCGUGUGGAGAGAGGAAAAAAAGCUGUCAAGUGGUGAUAUUGAUCGAUAUUGAUUUUUCUUCUCACAGUCUCCAAACUUCAUUUAACGCUACAAAAGAUCUGAUGUCCCCUCGAGCUGCAACAAGCAGCAAGCAGGGUGUGUGCUGCAGCUCUCACUUUAACGUUUUUACUAGAAGAAAAAGAGAAAAGAUAAGAAUCGUUGUUAAAGCAUGACGUGUUUGUUUGUGUGAUGAUGAGUCAGCAGGCACCACCAUCAACAGUCAAGAUGCAAAAGUGCAUGAAUGUAUUUGAAAUGUUUUUCCUUUUUAACAUCCAAAUCUAAAAGCUGCUGCAAAAUGACAAAAUGAAAUAAUGUGCAAAAGAUUCCCCUUUAAUGCAUUCAUCUUGCAUAUUAUAAACACAUUAGAGCAGAUUAAUUCAUGUUAGAACGCCUAAAAAACUGAGAAAAUUCAAUUUUAUUUUACACUUUGCACAUUUCCUUUGAUGUUUCUUGAGAGAACCAAUUUCAGAGAGAAUUAAAGUGUUCGGUUUGUUCACUUCCAGUUAAUUAAUUCCAAUUAAUUACUGUCAUAACCUUUUUUUUCUUUCCGAGUCUUUUAAUUAGCACACAGCAGGUCAGCUGCACGAAGGCAAGCUUACAGUUCAACACGCACGAAUAUCAAGUUCACAGAAAUCAAUACACAGUUCUUACAGGACGGGUCUGAAAUGCAGCUGUAUGUCUGUCUCGAAGUUUACUGUCCAUAUGUUUGUUUCUUUGUCUGUAAAAAAAAAAGAAUUGUUGGAGCUUCAGUGAAUGUGCUGCACAAAGACUUUGUUUGGAGAGAAGU